UUGCCUGUUAAAAUUUUAAUGAAUAAUGGACGAAUUUUGUGGCACACAAUUUUGGGACUCAUCGAUUUGGUGGUCAUCUGAACCAACAUUUAGUUUGUGUUUUCGUGAGACACUUCUUGUAUGGAUUCCUUGUGUCUUCGUCUGCAUUAUAGCUGUUUUUAAUUACAUUCGCUAUAAUGAGCGCACAAUUAGUAAAGUAUUUGAAUUCAAUCAAAUCAGUAAAUAUAAAAUUUCAUUAACUGUGUUGCUAACGGUUCUUAGUUUUUGUGAUACAAUUAAUUCAAUAAUUAAAUAUAUUCAAUAUGUUUCAUACUAUAAAUACCAAUUGUUAUCGUCAUUCAUCCAACUCUUAACAUAUAUGUUAGUGUUAGUCAUACAGAUAUUUAACCGUAAGAAAGGUAUUAUCGCUUGUGGAUCACUAUUUAUUUUUUGGUGUCUCCUAUCCAUAUGUAAUGCAAUUAAUGUUUAUUCAUUAAUAAGCCAAACAUUGCAAAUGGAUAGCAAAAUAUCCAGUCAUUACAUAGAGACGGAUCAGAUGAAGAUAAGUACAACAUUUGCUAACUUUCCACUUGUUUUGGCACAACUUGUUUUGAGCUGUUUUUCUAAUGCAUCGCUAAAUAAGUCCCAAAAAACUCGUAAUCCCAAAGAAACGGCUUCUUAUUUCUCAAAGUUAUGGUUUUUCUGGUUUUCCUCAAUGAUAUACAAAGGCUUCAAAAAAUCUUUAAUACAACAAGAUAUGUGGCAAUUGAGUGAACAAAACAGGACUCAGUUUAUAGCUAACAAAUUAGACAAUUAUUUAAAUAAAAACCAAAGAAAUAGUGAUAAAAAAUCUACAUUAAAAAAUCAAACUAUUAAUAAAAAUAAUAAUAAUAUAAAUUCAGUCAAUGACAUGAACAUCAUAUGUCCUAUAUUUCGCAUGUAUUGGUCAUAUCUGUUAUUUAUAGCAUUUAUUAAGUUUAUCCCAAGUGUUCUCACUUUUGUCAGUCCACUCAUAUUAAAUGAAUUAAUUGAAUUCAUGAGAUCUGGUCAAUACGGUGAUUGUAGUCAACCCUUAUGGCACGGAUUUUUAUUUGCAAUUGUGAUGUUUAUGUCAUCAACAGUGGAAUCGCUUCUUAAUUCACAAUAUGAUUAUCACAUCUUUACUCUUGCAAUGAGAAUAAGAUCGGCACUCAUAUCAGUUAUAUAUAACAAAGUGAUGAAACUGUCGUCAAAUGGUAAGAAAGUGUUCACAACGGGAGAGAUUGUUAACAUAAUGUCAGUGGACACCCAACGGGUCAUGGAGUACGUCCAGAUCGCCAAUCUUUUAUGGAUAUGUCCCCUUCAAAUAGGAAUCAGUAUUUAUUUAUUGUGGCAAAAGCUUAGCUACGGUUCAUUGGCCGGACUCGGAGUAAUGUUACUAUUGCUUCCCAUCAAUGGCUUCAUCGGUGCACUGAUGCGUAAACAACAGAUCCAUCUAUUGAAACAAAGAGAUCAACGAACCAAACUUAUGAGUGAAAUACUAAAUGGUAUUAAAGUUCUUAAGUUAUACGCGUGGGAGACAUCAUUCGUACAGUUGAUACAGAAGUUUCGGUCGAAAGAGUUAAUGAAUCUCAGAAAACAAUCAUUCCUUUCGGCCGGCAUUACGUUUGCCUUCAAUUCGGCCCCGUUUUUCGUGGCUGUCGCCAGUUUUGCCACUUAUAUAAURAUUGACUCCAAUAAUGUAUUGGACGCCCAAAAAGCGUUUGUUUCUCAAACCAUAUUCAAUAUUCUUCGUCGACCUCUUGCUUUCUUUCCACAAUUGAUUACAUCAACAAUGAUGUUUUUCGUAUCAAUUCGUAGAAUAAAUAAGUUUAUAAAUUGUGAUGAAUUGAAACCUAAUGUGUUAUCCAAAGAUGGAAAUAAUCUGGAAAAUGGUUUUAAAGAGAAGAAUUUAAUCCAUGACAAGAAAACAAAUGAUUCACAGAUUGUGUUAACAAAUGCCACUUUUAAAUGGGAUUUGGAGGACACGACUCCUAUAUUGUCAAACAUUAAUCUCGAUAUCAAACCAAAUAAAUUGAUUGCAAUUGUCGGCAAAGUUGGUACCGGAAAGUCAUCGCUAUUGUCGGCACUUUUGGGUGAAAUGCAACAAAUUAAUGGCAAUAUUUAUAUGACUGGAUCUCUAGCUUAUGUGCCACAACAGGCGUGGAUCCAAAACGCUAGCGUAAGAAAUAAUAUAUUAUUUGGAAAGCCAUACAAAAAAGAUCUUUACAAUCAAGUGAUCCAUAGCUGCGCUCUUGAACCAGACUUUGCUUUGCUAACAGGCGGAGAUAUGACCGAAAUAGGCGAGAAAGGUAUUAACUUAAGCGGUGGCCAAAAACAACGUAUCAGUUUGGCUCGGGCUGUAUAUAGCGAUGCCGAUGUCUAUCUAUUGGAUGACCCAUUGUCCGCAGUUGACUCUCACGUCGGCAAACAUAUCUUUGACAAAGCUAUUGGACCCAAAGGAUUACUUAAGAAUAAGACUAGAAUAUUGUUGACACAUAAGAUAGCGGUUCUGCCACAUGUCGAUGAAAUUGUUGUACUCAAAGAUGGAUACAUAUCAGAAAUUGGUUCUUACUCUCAACUAAUCCGAAACGGCGGUAGUUUUGCAGAAUUUCUCGCSGAGUUUAUGGUUGAGGGACCCGAAGAAAUAGUAGAACCGGAAGAUAUGGAAAUUAUCGAAGAGAUGGCCACUCAUAUCGAGCGACAACUGUCACGUUAUUCAAACAGAGGAAGUAUUAGACGAAGAUUUUCCAUGAGAAGCAACUCAACGAUUAGUGUCGCCGAAUCGGAAAUGUUGGAACAAGUGGUGAAYCAAAAAUCUGAAGACGAAAUCAAAAUGCAAAACUCAAAACUUAUAUCAAAUGAAGAGAUGAAAACCGGUUCCGUUGGUUUCGCUGUUUAUUACGACUAUAUGAAAGCCAUUGGCAUAUUAGGUACAGUUAUUAUUAUUAUAUCAUAUAUUGUGGCCAACGCUUUCAAUGUUGGAUCCAAUGUCUGGUUGAGUGAGUGGUCAGAUGACGAUAACAAGAAUGCCACACAUACUAUGUCGACGUCUUGGAGACUCGAUGUUUAUGCUCUUCUUGGUUGUGGUCAAACUGUUUUCAUAUUGAUAGCCACAAUAACACUCAACUUAGCCUGUCUUCGUGGAUCAACUACUCUUCAUGAGCUUAUGCUCAACAAUGUUAUACGUCUUCCGAUGUCUUUCUUUGAUACCACACCUAUAGGUCGUAUUUUGAAUCGAUUUUCAAAGGACACUGAUGUCACUGAUAUAACACUUUUAGUGGCUUUGCGUACGUUUGUCAUUGAAUUGUUCCGUGCGUUAGGUAGUAUUGUCAUCAUCGGUAUGGGAACACCUAUCGUAUUGGUGGCAUUCAUACCGUUAGGUAUUCUUUAUUACGGAAUUCAAAAGUACUACAUCUCGACGUCGCGUCAAUUGAAACGUCUGGACUCAGUGUCCCGUUCGCCGAUUUAUUCGCACUUUGCUGAGACAGUGUCCGGCGCUUCGUCUAUCAGAGCUUACGGCGCCGUUAAUAGGUUUAUAGAAGAAUCCCAUUUUAAAGUCGAUGAAAAUCAUAGUUGUUAUUAUGCAAGUCUUGUAUCCAGUCGUUGGCUUACUGUUAGACUAGAGUUUUUAGGCAAUUGUGUGGUAUUUUUCACGGCGUUAUUUGCUGUACUAUACAGAGGAACCUUAUCUCCCGGAAGCGCUGCGUUAUCCAUAACAUCUGCGCUGACCAUUACGGCAACUCUCAAUUUAUUGGUCAGAGGAAGCACUGAUUUGGAGUCUAAUAUUGUUUCAGUCGAACGGAUAAUAGAGUACACAAAAGUACCUCAAGAAGCCAAUUGGUUCGGCGAUAUAUCCAAAUUGCCAAUUGGUUGGCCAACAAACGGAGUGAUUGAAUUUGACAAUUAUAGCACCCGAUAUCGGGAGGGACUUGAUUUAAUACUCAAAGGAGUUGAUGUAGCCAUAGCUCCUGGAACUCGAGUCGGUAUUGUUGGACGUACCGGUGCCGGCAAGUCGUCACUAACACUGGCCUUAUUUCGGAUCAUCGAAGCGGCCGCCGGUUCUAUAAAAAUUGAUGGCAUUAAUAUUGCUGAUUUAGGUCUACAAGAUCUCCGGUCUAGACUGACAAUCAUACCACAGGAUCCGGCUUUGUUUACAGGAAGUCUUCGACUAAAUUUGGAUCCAUUUAACAGAUAUUCUGAUCAACAAUUAUGGACUGCCUUAGAGUUGGCUCAUUUGAAACAAUUCGCUUCUUCUCUUGAAGCCGGUCUCGACCAUCAAAUCACUGAAGGCGGAGACAAUCUGAGUGUCGGACAAAAACAAUUGGUAUGUUUGGCGCGAGCAUUGCUGAAGAAGUCGAAGAUUCUAGUCUUAGAUGAGGCGACGGCUGCCGUCGAUCUGCAGACCGACGAAUUGAUUCAGAAGACAAUAAGGAACGAGUUCUUUGAUUGUACUAUCGUUACGAUUGCCCACCGAUUGAAUACUAUAAUGGAUUACAACAAAGUGAUUGUUAUGGACAGCGGAUCCAUUGUCGAGUAUGACUCACCAAAUAGUUUGCUUCAAAACAAACAAUCGACUUUCUAUUCAAUGACAAGAGACAGUUCCUCCCGUUAAGGGACAGACAGACAUACGGACGGACCCCCUGUCACCACUCAUUUUAUUUAUUUUAUAUUACAUUUUAAAUCAAUUUUAUUAUACC